GUAAACAAAAGUGACGUCUCACGGACCAAUCAGCGUUACAUAAACACUGCGAGAAGUGAGAAGGAAGAAGAGACAAAGUGAAAUUUAGUUCUCCAUUCGGCUCAAAAUGUCAAUGAAACAUGCUCUCAGUCGGGGGUUGGAGCUGGGGAGGUCGCUUGUCCAGCUGGGGCUCUUCAAACCAGCCAGUCGAGUUGCUGCGAAGUUCCGCGGUGAGCGGCUGCGUGUGUCCCGGCCGACACGCACCGUCCAGCCGCAGACCUUCCUACCAGGUCGGUACCGCUUCUUCCGUCUCUCUCUCAGCGGGCUGGCCGCCCAGCUCCAGUCUGGGGCUUUCAGGAGAGUGGCUGGAGGUGGUGCACCCAGAAACAGGGCUGUUUUCUUGGCUUUUGGGGUGGGUUUGGGGCUAAUUGAACAGCAGCUGGAGGAGGACAGGACAAGCGCUGCUCUGUGUCAGGAGAUACAGGCUGUAUUCAGAAAGAAGAAGUUCCAGACCCCUCUGAAGCCCUUUACAUCAGGGUACAAGUUGGAGGACUAUGUGAUUGGGAAACAGAUCGGGAAAGGUUGCAAUGCAGCAGUGUAUGAGGCAGCGGCUCCGUCCGGGGCCCCUGUGGAGAACGGGAAGUAUUCACUGGUGGAACUGAACCAGAAAGAAACAGAUGAUGACAAUAAGAAAGCAGGACCGCUUAGAUUUCAUGCUACACCCAGCUUUCCUUUAGCUAUCAAAAUGAUGUGGAACAUUGGGGCUGAUUCAUCAAGUGAUGCCAUCCUUCGCUCUAUGUCCAUGGAGUUGGUUCCUGCAUGUCCACAGGCCUUUACAAAAGAGCAAGGAGAGAUUGCUUUGGAUGGCCACUUUGGAUUGGUGCCUAAAAGACUGACAGCUCAUCCCAACGUGAUCACAGUGUACCGGGCCUUCACUGCUGAGGUCCCGCUGCUGCCUGGAGCUCAGGAGGAGUACCCCGAUGUCCUGCCUGCCCGACUCAAUCCACAGGGUUUGGGCAGCAAUCGCACACUGUUCCUGGUCAUGAAGAAUUACCCAUGCACCCUGCGGCAGUACCUGGAGGUGUGUGUGCUGAACCGGAUGCAGGCAUCUCUCAUGCUGCUGCAGCUGCUGGAAGGGGUGGAUCAUCUCUGCAAACAGGGCAUUGCUCACAGAGACCUCAAAUCAGACAAUGUGCUCCUGGAAUUUGACAGAGCCGGUUGUCCCAGACUGGUGAUCACUGAUUUCGGCUGUUGUCUGGCAGAAGAUUUAGGCCUCAAACUACCCUUCGACAGCCGGUGGGUUAACAGAGGGGGAAACACCUGUCUGAUGGCACCUGAGGUGGCCACAGCAGUUCCAGGUCCAGGGGUGAUGAUUGAUUACAGUAAAGCAGAUGUCUGGGCUGUAGGGACCAUCGCCUAUGAGCUCUUCAGUCAGCCGAACCCCUUCUACAGCUCACAGGGGCUGGAGGGACGCACUUAUCAGGAAGAACAGCUUCCUCCACUUCCUGCCUCUGUAACUGACGAUGUACAGAUAGUAGUGAAGCUGCUGCUACGCAGAAACAUUUGCAAGCGCCCCAGUGCACGUGUGGCUGCUAACAUGCUUCACAUCAGCCUGUGGGGGAAGCAUGUGUUGGCCAGACUGACUGGGGCCAGAAUGGAUGAGCUGACGGACUGGCUGCUGUGUCAGUCUGCUGUGGUGCUGCUGAAGGGUCGAGGGUCCGGAGGGAGCUCCGUGGAAGCUGAACUCCAGAGAUGUUUCCUCGCCAACAUAGACCUGGAGGAUCUCCACACUGCGCUCAGCUUCCUCAUGUACGGACAUGAGCAGUGGAACUCCCUGCCAGUGCACUACACUGAGCCAUAGUGUGUGUGUGUGUGUGUGUGUGUGUGUGUGUGUGUGUGUGUGUGUGUGUGUGUGAGGGAGUGAGUGUUUACUGGAGAAACAAACAGCUCAGUACCAGUUAUUUUUAGUAGACUGUGGAAGCAAUUUAAUCUAUCACUGACAUUUUGAUAGUAUGACAUUUGCACUGUUCACUAUAUACAUUAAGAAUACUUUAUGCUGUUAAUGACUCAUUAGAAUAACAGUUUAAACCAAGUUUAUACAUAUUCAUGCAUAAU